AUGUUUCGGAAACAGACUAAUUACUCUCGAAGAGUCACGAAUCAAAGAUAUCAACGACGAAGGAAGAAAUCGAAAGCUUCGGAACCUUCGUCGUCUGAUGCGUUAAGUGGAAGUGAUGAGUAUGGCGAUUUUCAACGGACCGAUGAGAUCGAUCAAAAUUUCGUCGUCGCACCGAAAGAACGUCAAACAGCUGCUCACACUCCCAAUUUUAAUGAAAACAAUCGAUUAGACGACAACCAAUACAACGAUUUUGAUAAUUCUCCACCACUAUAUGGCGGAUGCCUAUGGAAUGAAGAUUAUGGUAUAGUUUUGUAUCCAUACAAGGCAAAUAAAUAUACGGCCAGAACUCAUGCCGAAUUUUUGACUGUUGCUAAAGAAACAAGUGAAAAAUCAGCAAAGUGUCGUCAAGUUGUUGUUCAGGGUGUUAAAGGAUUAUCACGAAUGAUUGAUAAACAUGUUAUAGCAAAAAUAGAUGAAAUGUUAAACAACAUACAAAUACCACACAAUAUGAAUGUCUCCUUCAAUGAUUCUAUUUCGACUGUUGGGGAUUGGAAAGCCAAGCAUGGAAGAUUGUUCGUAUUUUUAAAUGUUGGUGUUCCAAUUAGUAUCAUAUCGUUACCAUCAUUAAACUCUUCGCAUUUCAUCGUUUAUGCAAUUAUUAUCAAAUUAUUGCACUCACCAGAAUCAGACGAGGAAAUUGAUUUUGCCGAAAAUCUACUGCAUUAUUACUGUGAAACAUCGGCUUCUGUUUAUGAUCCAUCAAUCGAGUUAUUUUCGUUGCACGCACAUCCCCAUUUGCCACUUCAAGUCCGACAGCACCGAGGGUUAGCAUUCUCAUCGGCAUUCACCUUCGAAUCGUGUAUUCGACAUAUAAAGAAGAAAGUACAUGGAACAAAAAUGUUAUUAAGUCAAAUUGCCUAUUGGUGCGAUAUAGAAUCAAUGGUGCAAUCAAAUCAAUUUAUCGUGCCACCUCCCAUUGGUAUCAAUCAAAUAUCCAUAAAUCAUUCGUCAAUCGAUUCGUAUCGACAAAUAUUAACAACAACUAUUGGCAAAAAUGUUAACAAUACCAUCUUCUAUAAACGCUACAUUAUUUCAUACCGGUUGGAGUCGGCAAUUGUUCACUAUGGCAAUAUUAUUUUGUUUUAUCAAUAUAAUGAUGAAUAUUUUGCCUUUAUUCAACAGUAUGAAUUAUCAAACAAAAAACUCUCAGGAUUUGUGAUAUUACCACAAGUGAUAGCUGACAAAUUAGAUGAUUUGUAUCCUUUAUUAACAUUAUCCAAAAAAUUUUCGAUACUACCGGUGAAAAAUAUAUUGUAUAAAUGUAUCAGUGUUCCAUUUGAAGAUAUGGCUAGUUAUUUAGCGGUUAAUCCAUAUGCAAGAAAUUAUUGUACACGUCCAUCAUCAGAACAAGAUUUAUAUGUCUUAUUGUUAUUUAGCGCGGAUGAUACGUACACUAUUAAGAAGAAAAAGAAUGUACCACAACCAGAUCAAAACCGUUUAGUCAGUAUCAUAGGAGGUAGUAAAAAACAUCUGGCCUUCUAUUUUGCUGAAGGAACUCGAAAUGACAUGGAACAACAAGGGAAACGUUUGGCUCAAACAAUGAGCGAUCGAGUUGAAUCGGAUUUGGAAGAUGUAAAUAAUCAGUUAUCAGCACACAACAGACAACAAAAACCGUCAGCAUCAUCAGCAACGACGACAGCGUCAAAUACAACAAACACAAAAAAGUUUACACAAUUAACUGACGUACCGUUCAAGCAUACCUAUCGCAUCAUAGACAAUGCCAUUGCUGCAGCAGAAUGUGUUUUGGCGCCGCAAGAUGACAGUGAAGAAGAAGACAAUAAUCUUGACGUUCUGGAAGAAGAACGACAGUCAACGAAAACAACAACGAAGAAACAGCCCCAGAUUAAGCGAAAACCCAGUUCAAGAACAGAAUCGGGUAAAGUAGCCAAACGGUUUUGCGGUAAAGAACUGUUUUCUGAUCGGCCAACCACAUCACCAAUCAAACCGGUCCAUUCAAACUUUGAUGAAAGUUCAGUCGAACUUAUGACACUGGUAAAAAUGUCAUUAGCAUCACAUGCUCAACUAUCAAAAAUGUUGGGACAAGUUCUCGUUUCACAAGAAAAACAUGAUGCCAAGUUAAACUUACUGUUUGAGAAUCAAAACAAAAUGCAGGAAGCGAUAAGCAAGGAAAAAAUUCAUGUCCCGUUAUCUUAUCCAAAUCAAACUGAGCAAGCAGCAGAUAAUCAGCCGUUUAUAGAAAGAUUAGUAUGUGUUGUGAUUUACAAAGAUGAAAAUGAUCAAGAAAUUGAUUUGCUACAAAUUCUCGGAGAAAAGUCAAAAAUGAACUUAUACUUAAUAACUGUUGUUGAUCAACUGUUCAAACCGGACGAAUUGCCAAAUAUCAAUGUUUAUGAUUUACAGAAAGAUGAACGUUUUAAUUUAGCUAAAGGUUUAUUAGUCGCAGAAGCCUCUUGCUUUUCGAAUUUAUUUUUAUAUGUCUUUUCUGUAGAAGCCGUUCGAUCGAAGUAUGAAUUAGACGAUGAUAACAUGAACGUCGAAUGGCCGUCUCUCCGCGAAACAUUUCUACAAAAACGUAGAAAUUUAAAAACCAAAUUUAGAAAAACAAUACAAACCAGUCCAUCAACACCGGUACAACAACAACAACAACAUACACCACGUACCUCAACACCACCAAGCACCUCAACACCACUACGGUAA